AUGAAGCUUUUUCGAUUGUUGGUUAUCACCUUGCAAAUUUGCUUCGGGUAUUCGCUUCAACCAAUCACCACCGAACGCCCAACCGAACUGGCUCUCUGUUUGGCAACACUGAUCAACAGUACGAGUGCCAACUUUCACCAUCAGAUUAAUUUAUUUGCAGACUCCAAAGAUUUUCCGCCUUUGGCGGAAUUGUUCGCAAACCAAUCACAAUCACUAAGGACCUGGAAUCUCAUUCACUACGGCCAGUCGAGGGAUUUCAACCACCGCCAGCUGGUGGUUUGGUUCGUUGAUCGUGAGGAAGAAUUUCUGCUCGGUGCGGAUGCUAUCGAGCGGAAGAAUAUAGAUUUUCGGGGUUAUUUUGUGGUGGUUCUACAGCGAGGGAAUUCGUUGGAUGGAAGGAUGAUACUGGAGCGUUUUUGGGCCAUGCGUGUGACCAGGGUGGUGUUGUUGAGUGAAGCUCAAGCGGAUGUGGUGGUGAUGGGAUAUCAACCAUUUCGACCUGGGUGCUGUCAGUGUGUGGAGCCUGUGGUUGUGGAUCGUUGUAGAGAUGGGAUUUAUGAACUGGGGAAGUUUGAUUAUUUGUUUAACAAUGAAGUGCGGAGUUGCUACGGCUGUUCGGUGAGGGUUGUGACCUUCACUAGGAAACCAAUGAUCAUUGUUGAGAAUGGUAGCGUUGGUGGGACGGAGGGGCAGCUGUUGCAGCUUGUAGCACAUCGCAUGGAGUUCGGAAUCGAGGUUAGAUCUCCCGUUGAUGGUGUUGCUUGGGGUGUGAUCAAACCGAAUGGUUCCGCUGACGGUGCUAUUAGGAUGCUGCUCCAGGGAGCAGCGGAGCUGACGAUCGGAGGAUACGUUCCGUAUCCGGAGCUGGGGAAAUUUGCAAGCGCUUCGUCCCCCUACUGGCAGACGCAAUUUGUGUUUGUUGUUCCGGAGGAACUGGCUGCGGUGUCCUCACUGGAGCAGUUGGUCAAGCCUUUUCAGUGGCUUGUUUGGAUCCUGGUGGUGGUUAGUUUGGUGGUCGUUUAUGGAGUGAUUUUUGGUUUGAAUCACUCUCCAGUUGGACGUUUCGAUCGUUACCCUCUGCUGGCGUUAUUCCGGGUGAUCAUAGGAGAUUCUCUGCCGAGAAUUCCCAGAGGGAAUUUCUUUCGCUUCCUGUUGUUUCUUUGGCUGUACUACGGACUGAUCAUUCGAGAGAGUUACAAGUGUUUUAUGAUUGGUUAUCUAACGGAGCGGGAACCUCUGACCGAUAUCAGUUCUUUGGAGGCCUUGGUACACGGCGGAUACCAACUGGGAGUGACACAGAAUCUGAAGAGGCUUCUUUUUGAAGGCUCUUUCCAUUACCAUGAUAAACUACUGUUCUAUAGCGACGAUGAAUACCGGGAAGGAUUCGAGCGCGUGAUCAAAUCUCAGAAGCGGAUUGCAAUGAUUACCCUACCGGAGGUAAUCGUAGAUUUUAAUCGACAAAAUCCAUUUCGGUUGAAUUUUCGGAUUUGCGAUGAGAAUGUGUUAAGCUUCCACUACAGCGUUUACUUCCAGCGAUCGUCACCGCUGGUGCCGAGGUUUAGCGUUUGGAUUGGACGAAUCGUCCAGGCGGGAAUCACCGAAAAGUGGAGGAGAGAAAAUCUCAACAAGCGCUACCUGACUACCAGCUUAAACGACCAGCGCAUGACGGUACUGACCAACGGACAUUUGUUUAGCGGGUACGUUUUCUACGCGAUGGGACUACUGCUGGCCACGGUUGUGUUUGUGUUGGAAAUCCUGACGAAGCGGAAUCGACGGUUGGAAGCGUUCUUUCGAUAGGUAAACAAUCGGAUUGUUUCCUUUAAAACAAGAAGAGUGCGACGAAAGCGGUUUUAGUUUGAGAGAAAUCACCACAAUGGAAACUAUCGAACUGUUCAAAGCGAUUGGAAAACGGGUGGCCAAACUACCGGCCGUACAGCAGGAGGAAAUUAUCGAAACAGUGCUGAACAUGGUGGAAGGAACGGAACAGAUGAACAGAAGUGCGGCCCUGUGCCAUUCAGCCGGACAUGGAUUUAACGGUUACAGUAUCAACCUGUCAAAAAGUGUAUCCUGCUUGCCA